AUGUCUAAUUUUUGCCUGGACCUUGACUCAUACAAGGUGUUUAAUAAUCAAACCGUUUGUCUUUCUUUAACCCGAGAGAAGCGUGACGCGCUUACUGCCGUCGCGGGGCAGUUUCCCGGCGAAGCGCCCGCCGGUCCGAAUUUCCUCGCCCGCCCUCCCGCUUCAGCCCCGCGGCGCGCUGCCGGCUGCCGCCGCUGGGGGCGCCUCGGGCUCCGUGGCGCUGAGGCAGCGAUCGCUCUGCAAGCUUCACCUCGCCGGCUCUCGGACGGGCGGCGGCGGCGGCGGCGGCUGCGAGCUGAGCACCGAAAGGGCGCCAGCCACCCAGGUGAGCUGCAGCACGACCGCUCCCCGCGGACGGGCGGGGUCCGCGCCGCCGCGCUCCGGCCCGGGCUGCUGCGAGAGGCGGCGGCGGCCCCGGCCGGUCUGCGGCGCCCCCCGACCGCGCCCCCGCGCGCAGCUCGCGGCCCCGGCCGUGGAGUCGAGCGGGCCCAGGGUUCUGGCGAACUGAGGCGGCGGCGCCGGCCUGUGCGCCCCUUGGGACCGCCCCCGCACCCCGCUCGCCGGCGUCUGGCUCUCACGUUGAUGAAGAAGAAGUUUAAGGUGGACUUUGAGCUCGAGGAACUCUCCUCGGUGACCUUCGUCAACGGGGUCCUCUUCUGCAAGAUGCGGCUGCUGGACGGCGGCAGCUUCACCGCCGAGUUCCCCAGGGAAUUGACAUUGGAGGUAGUUUAACAAUUCAGGAUGAAUUCACAGAAGAUGAAAAGGAGUCCGGACAGUGGUGGCAGCAGCUUUCCGCUGGAGGCGUCGCGGGCGCCGUCUCGUGAACCAGUACCGCCCCUUUGGACCGCCUCAAAGUCAUGAUGCAGGUGAACUUCAUGAUCUUGUGUCUAAGUUUGCCCUAAACAUUUUU